AUGUUCAGAGCAAUCCAGACGCUACAGGGCACAGCUCGCAGGAGCAUCAGUUGCUCCGCUGUGCGACGAGGAAACAAUGUCCCCGACAAACAGAAGCUGUUCCAGGAGGACAAUGGGAUGCCCAUCCAUCUGAAAGGAGGCAGUGCAGACGCUCUGCUCUACAGAGGAACCAUGCUGCUCACUGUCCUAGGAGCAGGAUACGUGGUGUAUGAACUGGUGAAGGCUGCCUACCCCCAGAAGAAGUAG